CGGAGCGUGAGCAUGCCGGCCGAGCCCGCCCGCGUCCCUUCGCCCCACCAGGAGCCCCGGCGGCCGGCGCUGCAGCGCCAGAUGUCCAUCACACAGACUAUCCGCAGCCGCCGGGUGUGCUCUGGGCGCGUCCACACUCUGCCUCCGUCGGGCCCCCUGCUGCCCGCAGGGCCCUCCCGCAGUGCCCGUCUCUCUCGGUCCCUGCUCAGGUACCAGGGCAGGCGUGUGCUGGUGUCCGCGAGCGUGAGCAUGGCUUGUGCGCCCCCGGAGCUGCCAGCGUUGCUGGCGUCCCCGGGGCACCUGACGGCAGGCGCAGCAGCGUUUCUGCUUGCAUGUCUGAGGGCUGUGGGCAGCCUGCUCGGGGCUGCGGCACCCGCUUCCUGGGUUCUGCCGUGUGCCAGGCCCAGCUGCUGCUCGUGGCCAUGUUCCGGCUGGCUGAACUCUGACCUCCGUCCAGCCUCGGUGUCUCUCCAGAAAUCCUUGCCUCAAGGAUGGCGAGAGGGCAUGUGUGAAACACUCACCUGUUUCACCCAGGCCUGCCGUCUCUGGUGGCAGUUUGGAGUUGGCUGACUGUGCAGGGGUGGCCAGGGCCAGAACCCUCUUCUCUCCUUGAUCAGCCACAGCCCACCUGGGCCCCUGGAGGGUCUGGAGGCCUGCGGCAGGCAUGCCGAGGGGGAACACCUCUGAGGCCCGGGCCGGGGGAGGGGACAGCCGGGCACCCUCGCUGAGCUCCUCCCCCGGCAGGGGCACGGCCGACUGGUUUGGAGUGAGCAAGGACAGUGACAGCACCCAGAAGUGGCAGCGCAAGAGCAUCCGCCACUGCAGCCAGCGCUAUGGGAGGCUGAAGCCCCAGGUCAUCCGCGAGCUAGACCUGCCUAGCCAGGACAAUGUGUCGCUGACCAGCACUGAGACGCCGCCUCCUCUGUAUGUGGGGCCCUGCCAGCUGGGCAUGCAGAAGAUCGUAGACCCCCUGGCCCGGGGCCGGGCCUUCCGCUUGGCGGAUGAUGCCGCCGACGGCCCGAGCGCCCCGCACACGCCCGUCACGCCGGGUGCCGCCUCCCUCUGCUCCUUCUCCAGCUCCCGCUCCGGUUUCAACCGGCUCCCGCGGCGGCGCAAGCGCGAGUCGGUGGCCAAGAUGAGCUUCCGGGCAGCAGCUGCGCUGGUGAAGGGUCGCUCGGUUAGGGAUGGCACGUUACGCCGCGCCCAGCGCCGAAGCUUCACUCCUGCCAGCUUCCUGGAGGAGGACACCGCUGACUUCCCUGACGAGCUGGACACGUCCUUCUUUGCCCGGGAAGGUGUCCUCCACGAGGAGCUGUCCACUUACCCAGACGAGGUGUUCGAGUCCCCAUCGGAGGCAGCGCUUAAAGACUGGGAGAGAGCCCCAGAGCAGGUGGACCUCACGGGCGGCGCCCUGGACCGCAGCGAGCUGGAGCGCAGCCACCUGAUGCUACCCCUGGAACGUGGCUGGCGCAAGCAGAAGGAGGGCGGCGCAGCGGCCCCGCAGCCCAAAGUGCGGCUGCGGCAGGAGGUGGUGAGCACGGCGGGGCAGCGGCGGGGCCAGCGCAUCGCGACGCCGGUGCGCAAGUUGUUUGCCAGGGAGAAGCGGCCGUACGGGCUGGGCAUGGUGGGCCGGCUAACCAACCGCACUUACCGCAAGCGGAUCGACAGCUAUGUCAAACGCCAGAUUGAGGACAUGGAUGACCACAGGCCCUUCUUCACCUACUGGCUCACCUUCGUGCACUCGCUCGUCACCAUUCUAGCCGUGUGCAUCUAUGGCGUGGCGCCCGUGGGAUUCUCACAGCACGAGACCGUAGACUCGGUACUGCGCAACCGUGGGGUCUACGAGAAUGUCAAGUACGUGCAACAGGAGAACUUUUGGAUCGGGCCCAGCUCGGAGGCCCUCAUUCACCUGGGUGCCAAGUUCUCGCCGUGCAUGCGCCAGGACCCGCAGGUGCAUAGUUUCAUCCAUGCUGCGCGCGAGCGCGAGAAGCACUCGGCCUGCUGCGUGCGUAACGACCGGUCAGGCUGCGUGCAGACCUCGGAGGAGGAGUGCUCGUCCACGCUGGCAGUGUGGGUGAAGUGGCCUCUGCAUCCCAGUGCCCCAGACCUUGCUGGCCAAAAGAGGCAGUAUGGCUCUGUCUGCCACCAGGAUCCCAGGGUGUGUGAUGAGCCUUCUUCUGAGGACCCCCAUGAGUGGCCAGAUGACAUCACCAAGUGGCCGAUCUGCACCAAAAGCAGUGCUGGGAACCACACCAACCACCCUCACAUGGACUGCGUCAUCACGGGCCGGCCUUGCUGCAUUGGCACCAAGGGCAGGUGUGAGAUCACCUCCCGGGAGUACUGUGACUUCAUGAGGGGCUACUUCCACGAGGAGGCCACACUCUGCUCCCAGGUGCACUGCAUGGACGACGUGUGCGGGCUCCUGCCCUUCCUCAACCCCGAGGUGCCUGACCAGUUCUACCGCCUGUGGCUGUCCCUCUUCUUGCACGCUGGGGUCCUGCACUGCCUGGUGUCCGUCUGCUUCCAGAUGACGGUCCUGCGAGACCUGGAGAAGCUGGCGGGCUGGCACCGCAUAGCCAUCAUCUACCUGCUCAGCGGCGUCACUGGUAACCUGGCUAGUGCCAUCUUCCUGCCAUACCGGGCAGAGGUGGGCCCGGCUGGCUCGCAGUUCGGCAUCCUGGCCUGCCUCUUCGUGGAGCUCUUCCAGAGCUGGCAGAUCCUGGCGCGGCCCUGGCGCGCCUUCUUCAAGCUGCUGGCCGUGGUGCUCUUCCUCUUCACCUUCGGCUUGCUGCCCUGGAUCGACAACUUCGCCCACAUCUCGGGCUUCAUCAGCGGCCUCUUCCUCUCCUUUGCCUUCCUGCCCUACAUCAGCUUCGGCAAGUUCGACCUGUACCGCAAGCGCUGCCAGAUCAUCGUCUUUCAGCUGGUCUUCCUGGGCCUGCUGGCCGGCCUGGUGGUCCUCUUCUAUUUCUACCCUGUCCGCUGCGAGUGGUGUGAGUUCCUCACCUGCAUCCCCUUCACUGACAAGUUCUGUGAGAAGUACGAGCUGGAUGCUCAGCUCCACUGAGCUGGCGGGCGCUGGGGCUGUGUGCCCGCAGCCGGAGCCAGGCCUGCAGCUCGGGACUCUGCCCAGGAGCCCUGCUUCCCACACACUUUGCCGUGUUCACUGCUGUUGAACCCCUCGUGCUUCCGGGCAUUUAUCACACUAGUUCCCGAGAUUGCCUUCUAACUAGCCUUCUGACGACCACCUCACGUGGCCAAUAAACAGACCGGGAGCGUUUUAGCUGCCACUAACUCAACCAGA